AUGACUCAGUGCCCGCUGUCGUGCCAGAUGACUCGGUGCCGCUGUCGAGCUUGGUGACUUGGUGCCAUCGUUCUGCCAGAUGACUCGGUGCCCUCUGUCGUGCCAGAUGACUCGGUGCCCCCCCUGUCGUGCCAGAUGACUCGGUGCCCGCUGUCGUGCCAGAUGACUCGGUGCCCGCUGUCGUGCCAGAUGACUCGGUGCCCGCUGUUAUGCCUGAUGACUCGGUGCCCGCUGUCGUGCCAGAUGACUCGGUGCCCGCUGUUAUGCCUGGUGACUCGGUGCCCGCUGUCGUGCCAGGUG